AUGAAUUUCAACCUCAUCCCCGUUGUUGCCGCUACGCUCUUGGGUAUCCAUCUAUCUGAGGCUCAAACACCGAAAGCCAAAUUCGAUUCGAAGGUGAUAGCCUUGGGUGUCAGAUUCUACAAAGUAGAAGAAAUUGCCAAGCUCACUGAUUGCAUCGAUGACUCCUUCUACAACAUUGCCUCUAUGCAACAAAUCAAAGAAAAAGCCAUCUCAUGUGCUUUGGGUAACACCGUCGCUACUAAGUAUAUUACGCUGAUGAAUAUGUGCUCCUCAAUGGACAGCUGCCUUAAGCCGGAAAAGCAAACUACUAUGAAGCUUCUAGACAAAGUAACUCCAGCUGGUUUCGUUGUUUUGCAGGAAGUCUACAACAAGGUUAUUGCUGACAUAAAAGCCGCAAAGAGUGCUGGAAAAGCGAAGGCAGCUGUUAUGGACAUUGGAUAUACAUCCAUAGCACAGCAAGUGACAAAACCACUAAUGGAAAAACUUUGCAACACCCUAGUACCUGUAAGUUGCUCACCACUUCACAAUGAACCAGUUGACUAG